AUGUACGGACAGGUUACAAAGAAGACUGACGUCUACAGCUUUGGCGUGGUACUACUGGAAAUCAUCACUGGGCUCAAGGCUCUCGAUGUCGCGCAGUCUGGGGAGCGGCGCACGCUGACAGACUGGGUGCUGAAGCGGCACCAACAGCCACUGACCAUCAUGGACCCCCGCCUGAACGGCGAGUACUUCCGAGAACAGGCCGAGAAGUUUUUGCAGCUCGCGCUCGCGUGCAUCAACCCGUCCGCCGACCGGCGCCCCCCGAUGCUCGACGUCCUGCGCACGCUCGAAACCCUAAACCCCAGCGGGUCGGUCCCGGCAUCGCCGCUCGGCUCCCCCGAGCGGUCGGGGGAUGUGCAUGACGUGUACCCGACCACUAGCUCCGACUGGAGUCUCGGGGCCGGGAGCGGCACCCGGCGGACGCCCGUGCGGCCGAGCUCCGCGGGCUCGGGGAGCUCGCCCGCGGCGACUCACUUUAGCUGGAGUCAAGGGAACAGCUCGACGGUCUUGCAUAAUACGACGCAGUACGACAUCACGGGGAUCAAUGAGGGGCGGUGAUAGCGAUGUAGAGCUAGCUUUUUUGUCGAGGGUUGAGAGAUUGGCGUAUGAGGUGGUUUAGGUAGCCUAAUUUAUUGCUCGAGGCUUUUACUUUGGUUCAACGGUGUUCGGAGUUUAUUGGCGUCCGUUCAUAUGGACAGAUUAUCUUAAAGAGUAACUACUUGCGCUCCACGAUUCUCAAGAACUCUGCCCCUAAGCGCAAGCAGUGUGACUGAUCCUCAC